AUGAGCAACCGCAAGCGCCACCACCUCGGCCGCCACACAGGCCGAGAGUGGAAGCAGUUCGUGGCAGCUCGCCGCGAGUUCUACACGGUGACGGCCAAGCUGGACAACUACGUGAAGGACCUUCACUGCAAGGCAGCUUCGCACCUGUGCCACAACACGGACGUGAUACUGCUGCCCAAAUUCUCGACUUCGUCCAUGUUGCGCUCAAGUGCCCCGUGGACACACGCGUUUAACGACCAGAUGAACACGCUGGCCCACCACCAGUUCCGGCAGAAACUGCAGGCGAAGUGCGAGGUGGCGGGCAGGGCCAUGGUGAUGUGCUCUGAGAUGUACUCGAGCCGCACCUGUGGCCGCUGCUGCCGCCUCCACCUCACACGGCGUAACGAAGAUGUAUUCCGGUGCCCGCACUACGGCUUCCUGGCUGGACGAGACGAGAACGCGGCCUAUAACAUUCUGCGGUUCGUGUGCGCGGGCUCUCUCUCGGUUUACGCAGUGAAUGGUGUAGCGCAGUUGUGGUUGGUAGUGUAG